AUGUUUAGUUCGAUAGAGAAAUACAAUGGCGUGCUAGCCUUCAAAAAGCUAUACUGCGGCCCAUCCAACAAGCACGGUUUUGGAAUUUUUACCUUAAGACAAGUCAAGUCUGGCGCUAUAAUUGUAUCUGAUGAUUGUAUAGUAUUUGCCCAGGACAAGUUUCGAGAUGUAGACCCCCGUUUAGUCGCAUCGCUCGAUAUUCUUCAUCUUGACCUGAGAGUAUAUCACCGAAGGAAGUACUCGGAAAUAUUUCCAGAAUGGCGAGGAUGUAUUGAGCAAUUGGCUGCCGUUUCUAGGGUACCAGUCAGAACCUUGGAUGAACUGACGGUAAGUGAGAUUGUGACAAUUAAGUUGUUUUUGCAGGGGCUUUUAAGGCUGGAUUCUGUCGAGGUCGACGUACACAGCAACUGUGUGGAUGCCACCUUAUCCCAACGAGAACUUUUACAUCGAUGGCUCGAAAUGGGGGAAGUGUAA